UAUUGCUUGAGGUCAGGACAAUAUGACGUAGUGUUCCGAUGGUGUAUAUACUAUAUAAACGGGGACAACUUUAUGCGGUACUAGAUUAGAUCUGAGAUAGUCUCAUAGUCGGAACUGAUCAGUGAAAAAAAAAAUUGAAUAUGAACAUAAUUUUGGUUGCUGGUCUCGUGGUUGCUGUAGCAGUGGUUGCUACUCAAGCGAGUGGCGGUUUUGAACAUAGUAGCCACGGCAGUCAUGGGAGUGGAUAUGGCGGCGGACAUGGUGGUUCAGAACAUAGCGGUGGCCUAGGCGGACUCAGCAGUGGUACUGGCGGGCAUGGCGGUGGUCUAGGAGGACAUAGCGGUGGCAUCGGCGGACAUGGCAGUGGUAUCGGCGGACAAAGCGGUGGUCUCGGAGGACAUGGCAGUGGUCUUGGAGGACAUAGCGGUGGUCUCGGCGGACAUAGCGGUGGUCUCGGCGGACAAAGCGGUGGUCUCGGAGGACAUAACGGUGGUCUCAGCGGACAAAGCGGUGGUCUCAGCGGACAUAGCGGUGGUCUUGGAGCGCAUAGCGGUGGUAUUGGCGGACAUAGCGGUGGUCUCGGAGGACAUAGCGGUGGUGUUGGCGGACAUGGCGGUUAUGGCCACCAUUAAUUAAAAAUAAAUAUUUUCUUGGAGAUUGUAUGAAUAAAAUUGACUGAUUAUGUUUACGAAUUACACGUUUAAAGUUAUACAUGAAAAAAUAAAUAAAUAACUUCAAACUUUUGUUACAUAUUUUGAUUAUUAAUUUUCAAAGCCUAAUUUACGUAUCGAAAGUAUUUAUUAUUAGUAUAUGAUAUUUUUUCUACAUUUAAUUAAAAGUAUUUAUACUUUGUUUGUAUUGAAUUUUCGAAAAUUCGUAACUAAUCUAACUAGCUGUAUAUAAAUAUUGCAACAAAUAAAAUUCAGAAACUGCAGCAAGGUUCUUCAAUGGGUGAUAAUGAAAUGGUAAUACCGCCAGCGCUAUCGGUACACGCUGGUGGGGCACCAGUGAGUGGUGAUAGGUGAGGAUGAAAGCAGGUCAGUUGACCCAUCGUGACUAAUUCCGCUAGAAUUAACCACGAUAGUAUAGGUUGACCUGAUAAGGCGCAUUGCUAGUAAUGGGGAAAUUAGACCCCAUUACUAACAAUCCCUUCCUCCCCUACUGCAAGGUUUGGUUAAGUCGGUUUCUUUUUAACAAAAUUUUACCUAUAUCAGAUAUUUUUUUUAAAUGCAUCUCGGGAGGGCAAAUAAGCUAAUAGUCCACCUGAUAGGAAGUGAUUGCUAUGGUCUACAUACAUACAAAAAAAAGCAAAAAAAAAACAAAAAGCAAAAUAUAUAACACAACAAUUUCCUUCUUUUGUGCGUGUGCGCAUAGUAACACAAAAUGGUCACAACUCAGUUUAUAGCUUUGUCCUCAAAAGAGCAAAACACGCGCGAAAUUCCUUAAUAUAAAAAGAAAUAUGAAUAUAAUACAUUGUGUGUGUCCAUUACAUUUGCCACCAUUUAAAAUUGUAUUCAAAAUAAAUAAAUAAAUAACAGAUACCAUUCGAAGAGGGGUAGUUAUAUGUAUAUACUUUAGGAAAACAGAUCAGAGUACUAUGCAGAAUUAUUAUUAUAUCUAGGAUUCAGGAUUAUGCCAACUAGACAAUCCUAAUUUAAGGAGCUUAUGGCACUUAGUACAUCACUUGUGGCUCCCCGCGUCUUCAUUCAUGUGAUCGGGACAAAAAUAUCCUCGGUAUGUCCUUCUCCAACCAAAAUAAUAAACUUACUUUCACAUUUAAAAUAUCAUAGCAGCUUCGAUAUAAGAAAGGAUGAGGCCAUAAUCAAAAACAUUAAUAUUCAUCAUUAACCUUUUACCUUCCUUAUUGUGUCUUGUUUUACCUGAAAUUUUUUUUUGCUAGAAACAUUGGUCGAAAUAGAAGGUUCAGAAUUUUUUGACCUAUUUCGACUAUUUUUUUUUUGAGAAAAAUGUUCAGUUGCCCUUAUUUAGUCUCUUUAAUAACAUAGUUCCUAAUAUUAAUAGUUAUUUUAUUUAUUUAGAGUAAUAUUUAAUAUAGAGAGCUAACGAGCAGCAUCCCUGGUAGUAAGUGACUACCGCUGCUCAUAAGCAUCCGCAACGCCAGAGGCAUUGCAAGGGUGCUGCCGGCCUUUUAAAAGGGAAUAAGUUGUUUAAUUUAAGCAUACAUGUCGUCUGGAAGUUGAUUCUGAAUCGUGGUAAAUGACGUGUAUUGAUUUCUACCUAUCCCAAGGUAAAAUAGCGUGACACUUUAUGAUAAUGUGAAAGAAAUGUACAACUAACAUGGCAGAUUGCAAUCUUAACUUCACAGUGAUUUAAUUGUCGAUGCAUUGUUAUCAUUAAACGUAUACGGGAGAAUGCAAUUUAAUUGUUCGAACUAAUUAAUUAUAAUUACAUCGAAAUGAUCAUCCGCCAAUUGCAUCCUCUUAAGAGACUUGUUAUAAAAGCGCGUAUCUGCUACAUGGUUGUUAUUAGUUAGAUAGCAGCUUCCAAGAAGUUCAAGGAAAUGUCUCGAUUUGUGAUUUUUGUCUGCGUCCUUAUGCUGGCAUCGGCAAUGGUGACCGCCGACAUGCCAUCGGAAGUGAAGCCUUCCGACCAGAAGCUCCCUGAUACCAAGAUUCCUGACACACCUAAAUUGCCCGAAACCAAAGGACUUCCGAGUCUUGGAGGGAAGAGCAAGUAGCACUGUUCCUCGGAAUCGAUCUGCACCCGACGAAAACCACGCAUCUUAUAUAGUUACAUUGAGUAGAAUUAUUCAUGUAAUAGAAUAAGUACAAAGAAACACAUUUUUGCUAUAUGGAAUUUUUAAAAAAGAUUAUUUACCGUGUUGAAUGUACAAAAUAAAUUACGCUGCAGCAA